GUUGUUUCACUUCAGAACUGAUCUAUUUUGCUAAAACAAAAAAUGGCUGCCGCUUGCCAUCUUCGUUCCGGCAGUUUACCCUCCAAAAGUCAUCCUCUAGCUGCAAGUGUUGAGGAGCAGUUGACCAGGUUGAAAGCACCAUCAGGAUCAAUAUUCAACAAAUUAGGUGCCCUCAAGGAUUUGUAUGAGAGGGUUGAUGAUUUGUUUCAAUUACCCGUCACCCAACAGGCUCUCUCCCAUGAGCAUCAAGAUAAAUGUUUAGAGGAAAUGCUUGAUGGAUCUCUUAGGCUCCUGGAUGUGUGUGGCACCACCAGGGAUGUUUUCUCUCAAAUGAAGGAAUGCGUGCAGGAGCUUGAAUCUUCCCUCAGGAGGAAAAGGGCUGCAGAAUCCAGCAUUGAAAAUGAAGUUCAAGCAUAUACGAACUCUAGGAAGAGAUUGAGUAAAGUGAUUUCCAAGUGUAGUGGAAAUUUGAAGAGAAUGGAAAAGAAGUGCAUAGCAUUGUCCUUGAAUAAGGACUCAGACUUGGUUGUUGUGGUUAGCAUGCUAAAAGAGGUUGAAGAAAUCAGCCUCAUGGUGUUUCAAUCCCUUCUAUCUUUUGUUUCCCUAUCUAAGGCAAGAUCAAGAUAUGCUGGAUGGUCAAUAGUGUCAAAAUUACUGCUAUCCAGGCAAAUUCCAUGCCAAGCUCAAGCUUAUGCCAGUGAAGUUGAGAAUAUGGAUGUAGAAUUGCUUAAUCUGAUUGGCAAGACGUCCACCAGCCUUGUAGAAAUGCAAAAUGUGUUGAAGGGACUAGAAGCACUGGAUUCUACUAUUCAGCAAACAGAGGAGGAAUUGGAGUGCAUUUAUAGGCGAUUAUUGAAAAGCAGAGUUUCUCUCCUCAACAUGUCCAACUACUAAAUCCCUCUCCUCUUUGGUCCAUUAGCAUCUAUAAG